CAUAAACAAAAUCAAGGACAACAUUUUCGGCCAACCACGCCCAAGGAAGGGCCCAGGAGGCCAGGAUCUAUUCCCACUCCACACACGAGAGGGGAGACAUAAUGCAUGACACCCAAGCAUACGUGCCCUCAACCGAAUGGCUUGAGCUUCUCUGAGUUGCUUCUGCUCCCAUGGGUUCUGGCAAAGCCCAGAGUGCUAAGAAGACUAAGAAGAAGCUCCCUAGGAGCCCAAAGAAGAAAACGACUGGAGAUGAUGUUAUGGAGACUCCUAGUCUGAAUACGGAUAUUGCCAUGGAGCUACCUGAGAAGGAGAAGGCUCCAACUGCGUCUUCAACAUCUGAGACAUCCCCCGCACAUGCUGAAGACGUCCCUGAUACAGGUCCUCAGGUGGGGAUAACCUCUGCGCAAGAGACCCCCCAGGUGUUUGACAAAAUGUCUGAACCAGACAUGGUUGCUGCCAAACCUGUUACGUUUGCUGACCUCUUCAAGGGCAAUAGGGAUCCUGACCAAGGUAUGAUUCUGAAACAAUAUGAUGUUGGUGAAGGUGUUCUCCAUAUCCCGGAUUCUAUUAUUAAACCUGUUGAAGAGCUGUGGGGUUUUUGUCUUGUGGGCUGCUUUACUGGACGCUUCCCUGGCCUCAAGGCAGUGGAUGCUAUUGUCAAAAGCUGGAAUGUACCUUUUAGAAUCAUUCCCCAUUGUAAGGGUUGGGUUAUUCUGAUGUUUGAGAAUGAUAUUGAUAGAAUGGACGUGCUGGGUAGGGAAAGGGAUAAAGCUUAUGGGAAGGAGCUUAGAGUCAAGAUCCCUUCUCAUGGUUUCAUGUUUGAUUUUGCUGAAUUCACCACUCUACCUGUCUGGGUUCAGCUACAUAAUGUACCAUUGCAGCUUUGGUCUGAAGAAGGAAUUGGAAUGCUGGCCUCAAAAGUGGGGAAGCCUCUGAGAACUGACCUGGUUACAAAGCAGCAACGCAAGGGUGGUUUUUGUAGAGUGCUUGUUGAGGUUGACUUCUCAAAACAGCCUGUGACCCACUUUGAGGUAGCUUGUAUGGGUAAGACUUACACACAACUUGUGGUGUUCGAGGAAGACCCUAAAUACUGCUUUCAUUGCAAAACCUGGAAUCAUUGCCCCUUCUACUGCAAAGAACUGGGUAAGAAGAAGGAGAUGGCAGGUUUGGAGACUACACAUAAGGUGGAUUUGGAUAAGCCAAAGGAGACUAAAAGGCCCCCUGGGAAGGCUGGAGCUAAGGACAGUGUACCUCCUGGAAUAAAUCCACAUGUUGAACCUGUAGGGGGUUUGAUUCCUUCUUCUUCCAACAACAAGGAGAAGGCCAUAGAACCCAUUCCCAAAACUGGAGGCCUGGCUGUUGACAACAUGGUUGGAAAGGAUGUUGAUUUGCUUAAGAAGAAGAGGAUGGAAGUUGGAGACAUGGUUGGGAAGAGACCAGAGAAGAAGAAAGGUGCGUGCCUGUUGGAGACUAAGAUCACAGGAGCCAAGUUGGAAAUUUUUGUGAUUACCAAACUGCCUGGGUGGAGAUUUGCCACCAAUUUUGAAGUUUUGCCUGGCAGUCGUAUGGUAAUCUUGUGGAACCCUUCCUUUUUUGCAUGUAAUGUUGUGGGAGUGGGUGAGCAAUAUCUUCACUGUGCAGUCCAAUGCCUCACAACACAAAAGGAGUUUGUCCUAUCCUUCAUUUAUGGUCUGUACACUGUUACCAAAAGAAGGGAGCUGUGGCAUGACUUGUCUUCUUUAGCACAGAAUAUUACCAUACCCUGGGCAUUGCUUGGGGAUUUUAAUUGUGUUUUGGCUAGCAAUGAGAGGGUGAACUGUAUGAGCCAGGGAGCAUACUAUAUGACUGAUCUGCAAGCCUUCAAGUCUUCUAACUGCUUAGAAGAUGUUCCUUCUACUGGAAAUUUCUUCACUUGGCAUAAAGGGAACAAGCUUGCUAAACUGGAUAGAGUCCUUGCUAACCAAUCCUGGGGAGACAUUGGUUUGGCCCCAACUUGUGAAUUCUUGGAUUUCAACUUCCUNUUAGCACAGAAUAUUACCAUACCCUGGGCAUUGCUUGGGGAUUUUAACUGUGUUUUGGCUAGCAAUGAGAGGGUGAACUGUAUGAGCCAGGGAGCAUACUAUAUGACUGAUCUGCAAGCCUUCAAGUCUUCUAACUGCUUAGAAGAUGUUCCUUCUACUGGAAAUUUCUUCACUUGGCAUAAAGGGAACAAGCUUGCUAAACUGGAUAGAGUCCUUGCUAACCAAUCCUGGGGAGACAUUGGUUUGGCCCCAACUUGUGAAUUCUUGGAUUUUAACUUCCUAUCUGACCACUGCCCCACCCUUUUCCAGUGUGGUGCACCCCUUGGCAACAGGUCCAGGCCUUUCAGAUUCUUCAAUAUGUGGCUAAAGCAUGAGAACUUCAAUGGGUUGGUCUCCCAGUUUUGGGAGGCAGGUGUGGUUGGCUCUAAGCAAUUCUCCUUAUGUUCCAAGCUUAAACGUCUGAAACCUUCCUUAAAAUCCCUCAAUAAGCAGGCUUUUGGUCAUAUUUCUAGAAGAGCUAUGGAAGCUAAAGAGGAGUAUGGAUUAGUGAUGAAGCAGAAGAACAGAAGGAAAAACACUGUUGGGUUCUUGGUUAGAGAGGAUGGAUCUAAAACUACUUCUAAGGAUGAGGUGGCUAGUAUCUUUGUGGACUACUUUACUACAUUGUUUGGCACUACUUCAUCAGUGGAACCCAUUGAGCUGGAGAGUUUGACUGCUGGAACCAGAGUGCCUUCUUCUGCACAGUCCACUCUCCUUGCUUCUGUUACACCUGAGGAGGUGAGGGAGGCAGUUUUUGACAUUGGGGCCUUUGUCCCUGGGAGGUCUCUUGUGGACAAUUUCCUCCUAGCUCAACACCUUAUCAGGGAUUAUGCUGUCAAGAGGUCUACACCUAGCUGCUUGAUUAAAUUGGACAUCACCAAGGCCUAUGAUACUGUCUCUUGGAGCUUUUUGCAAGGUGUGAUGCAUGGUUUGGGCUUUCCCCCUAGAUUUGUCUCUCUUAUCAUGGAGUGUGCUUCCUCUGCUUCUUCAUCUAUUAUGGUUAAUGGAGACAGUCAUGGCUUCUUUGCUAGCCAGCGUGGGCUUAGACAAGGGGAUCCAAUGGCCCCUACCCUCUUCCUCUUUUGUAUUGAGUACUUCUCUAGGUUACUCAACAAAAGGGCUAAAGUAGGUGGCUUUAACUAUCACAAGGAUUGUGCAGCACUUGGGAUUACGCACUUGGCUUUUGCUGAUGAUCUUAUGUUGUUCUCUAGAGGGGAUUCCCAUUCUGUGCAGGAAUUUUUGAAGGUUAAGGUUCUGAAAAUCUGGGCGAUUGGUGAUUCCUUUUCAAGGUUCGAAGUCUCGGUUACUGUACACUCCAUGAACUGCGUUAAUGUUUUCUACCACUGUUGGACAUUUGCUUGUUGCUUAAUUUCGCUGAUUCUUGGGCAAGACAACUUUGAGUUUGUGAUGCUGAAUGAUGUUGCUCCUUCCUUAUGCCUUGCUUUGUUGCAUUUUGGGGUUUGCUUGCUGUUUGAGCAUGAACCAGCAACCCACUGCCCAGGGGAUGUUGGCCCUACUGUUUUGGGGUUGGAUUUGCUGUGAAAUGGAGCUCAAAGGCAGCUGUUCUUAGGCCCCAAGGGGCUGUAAAUGCAACUGGAUUUCAGGGCUGUUGGAGUGGUUUUUGCUGAUUGUAAUUGGAACUGAAUUUAAUUGUUGAUUGUGGCCUUGCGUGUGGACCUCUUCCUUUGGCACAUUACUCUGCCCGUGGGGUUUUUUGAGGCUGGAUUUUGGAUGUUUC